CUACACUUCACAGCACUAUCGCGUCACUGUCUAGACCUUCCUACAUUCCUUUUUACUCGAACACCUACCAUUCCAGUAUACCCCAGGCACCGUUAUCAUAAUGUCCGACGAACAUAUCACUUCCUUGUCGUCUUCCAAUACCCCUUACGACUUCCGCAGCAUCCUAGCCGACUUUGUCGUUCCGGAGCACCGACCUUCCACUCCUGAACAGGACUCCUCAACGCCUGACUCAGACGUCAAUCAGGAGGCCUCGACACCGGCGACUUCGUCCGGCACCGUGAUCGAAGACAACGCCAUACAAUACCUGCUUAGCCUCGGGUAUACCGUAGAGCAGAUUAUCGAGUGUGUCGAGAACCACAAAGGUUUGAAGAAAUCCAAUGAGGCACUUGAGAUCAUCUCGGGUGUUGGGACAGAAGAGCUACCAGGAAGAAUCCGCAUCAUUGAAGCCCGCCUUCUCGCGACCGUAACGAUGCCGGCAACCAUACCCAUGCCCGCAACUGUUCCUACAUCCGCGAACGCCCCUACGCCUACACCCACAACCAUGCUUACACCUACAACCGUGUCUACAUCAGCGAUUGUACCUACCCCCGACACUGUACUUACACCCGCGACCAUACCAACCCCGAUGAACAAUAAGCGCGAACUCUCGGAAGCCUUCGACGAGGAGCCGAGCUCUUCGUCCCAAGACAUCAAACGUCCACGUACGGAUUCCAUGGACGGGGAAACAACAGGGGCACCACAGGCUACAAACGCACCGCUGGCUACAAAGAUCAGUCGAAGGGGAUGUCCCGGUGAUAAGCCGGCUGAGAAUGAGAAACAGUGGAAGUGCAAUCCCGAGGACCUCCUCAAGAGAGAAUGCUGGACUUCCUUCAAGAAGUUUCGCAAACACUUUGAGGUCCAUCAUCUCCAGACAUAUGGCGCUGAUAACUCUCGUUGGCAAUGUUCGUUUUGCAGCGACUCAUUUGCAGGGCCCGGGUAUGCGCUGAUCAUGCAUAUCUGGGUUACUCACUUCGUGUGAGAAGAGCUUUUUGGCAGCACUCAGGUCACUUCGGUGUCAAUUAUCAUGAUCGUCACGGUCCAUUUCAGCGCUAUUAAUGUCUCGUCACGUCCUGUCACGUCUUAUCACGUCUUAUCACAACGUUCUAUUCUUGUAUAUACUUUUUGGGCAUCCCCGUCACUGUCUUCACCUUUCCCGAGCUCAAGGAGCUUGGCCACAGUCUAUACCGUACACUAUAUAUGCAGUAACACUCCUUGUACUACCAUAUUUCUCAAAUCUAGGGAACAAAACCUGACUCU